AUGGAUCGAGAGCAAGAGGAGAGGCGAUCUCUUGGUUUCUUUGGCGUCGUCAAGGAAUCCAUCAAGAUCAUCUUCACAUGGCGGAAGAUCUUCAGCCAAAUCACACCGGCCUUCAUCCUCCCUCUUGGCCUCAUCUUCUUAGCUCACAUGGAGAUUUCCGCCAUCCUCCUCGCAAAGAUCCACCAUGAUGGGCGUCCGCUCGGCCACUCCGAAGCCGACACUCCCCGGUACAACAAGCUCUCCGAUUUUGCAACCUCGAACACAAUCGAGCUUUUGCUGUUCACGGUCAUCGCCUUCGUCCUGGUUGGAGCCUUUUCUCUUCUUUCCACGUCCGCGGUGGUGUGCACGACCACGUGCGUGUACACCUCGAAAUCCAUCGCUUUCGGGGGAGUGAUGAGGGUCCUCCCGAAGGUGUGGAAGAGGCUCUUGAUCACGAACUUAUGGAGUUUUCUUGCUUUCUCCGUCUACAUCGUCGUGGCUACAGCGAUCUUCUAUCUCUUUGCUCUUAUUCCCUCUCCCGCCACUGUACUCGGCCCUAGCUUUCAUCUUCCUCAUCUUAUACCUCUCCGGGCUGGUGUAUAUCAGCGUCAUUUCGGGCUUGGCAGGUGUGAUUUCAGUGGUAGAGGACAUCUAUGGGAUCCAGGCCAUGUUCAAGAGCAAAAACCUGAUCAAGGGGAAACCGGGGGUUUCGCUAGCCAUCAACCUCUUGUUAUCGAUUUUGUCCAUGGCAAUCCAAAAAGUGUUCUACGUCUUUGUGGCCCUCGGACAUGGAUCGGGGUUCCUAAGGUUUGGGGUUGCAAUUCUCUGUUUCUUUUUCUGCUCAAUUUGCUCCUCUUCGCCCCCGUUGUGCAAACCGUGAUCUACUUCGUGUGCAAGUCAUAUCACCACGAGAACAUCGACAAGUCGCCGCUGGUGGAUCAUCUCGAGGUCCAUCUUUUGGCCGAUUACCUUCCUCCUAAAGCCGAUGACGUAUAA